AUGCUUAGUGAGUUUUGUGGAGAAGUUGAGAGAAUUUUGUGUUGCAGAAAUAUUUUGGUGACUGAAGAUGAGCAGGAGAUACCUUUGAAGCAUACAAAUAAAUUUUGGAGUAGCUUUAGGAAUGAUGAAAUGUUCCACCAUCUCGACUAUAAAGACAAUCAAGAAGGAAAGUUAGUCAAUUUGUCAAGCUUACCAACUGAAAUUAUCAUUAAAAUCAUCUCAAGCUUAGAUGACAUUCAAGACAUUCGGAACUGUAUGCUGUUGUCCAAAAACAUCCGUGAUUCAAUAUUUAAAACAUCAAAAAUUAUGAGGAAAGUUCUUGUUAGUUUAAACAGUUCUGAGGCUUCUGAAUUCCUUAAUUUUCGAGGAAAUAGCAUUCGAUGCUUGAAGAUUCAAAGCCACAAUGAAGACAAUUUGAAGCUGAUCUUCAGAAAAGUCCCAAAUUUAGAGGAAUUAACGUUCAAAAAUAACCAAUUUACUGAUAAGUUUACACGCCAAAGCUCCAUUAUACAACAGGAACUAGACAAAUAUAAUAAAAUCGUUGAAGGACUUGACGACAAGCUUCCUUCAGACCUCCGAAACCUUAAAGUUUUAGAAAUCAGGUUAGCAAAUUUUGAAAUGUUCACAAAAAGCACCAAAAAUAUCACAAAAUUGGAAAAAUUCACAAUUUACUUAACAGAACUUAGAGAUGAUGAACUUUUGCUCAAAUUUCUGAACCAGCAAAGCAUCUUAAAGGAACUGAUUGUCAUUAAUAUUUCACAAUUUCAUAUCAUUGACUUUCCAUGCCUUAAUUUUUGUGUUGAAGUCAAAUUUAGAUUGAAAAUCUUAAAAUUGAUAAGAAUUAAAUUUGAUAAUUAUUUGGCUAGAUUUUUGGAGUCGCAGCUUGAAAGUUUGAAGGAACUGGAGCUGACUGAAGUCGGCAAUCAUGAAACACUUGAAGCAAUGUUCAUGAAGUCAAGAAAAUUGAAGAAAUUAUCACUUGGAGCUGUAGCUUGUUCCAUGAUUUUCGCCAAUGAUUUUCCGGACUUGAGGAUGCAAAGUUUGGAAACUUAUGAAGACAGGAACAGCAAAGGUGUUGAGCUGGACAAGAUUUAUGAAAGGUUUCCAAAUUUACUCAAUCUAAAGUGCCUGCAAUUGAUGCCAAUUAAUGGAAUAUUUGAUAAAAUUGUGUCUUUAGAGUUAUUUGUGCUUGAUUGUCAAAAACUAAAGGAUUUGCAGCUUAAAAGCCUAAGCAUCUUGACAAUUAUUAAAGUUUCAAGGUUCUCAGACGCAACAAUUUGGGAAAAAUUCACAAAAAAUAUCAAAAACAUUGAAAUUUUAACAAUUAAGCAUGUUGAAGACCUCCACAACAUCCCUCAAAUUUUAAAACACCUCAAAAACUUUCAACGCCUGCAAACAUUCAAACUUAAACAAGCUUCAUAUUAUGAUGAUUAUGAAAUAACAAUCGACACAAAGCUCAAAACUGUGAAAACUUUAAGAUCAAGUGUUGAGAAAAAUCAGGAAAUUCUCAAAGUUUUGCAUGAAAAUUUUGAUGAUUUUGAGUUUUUUGAAUUUAAAAGUUUUGUUGGAAAAAUUAAGAAAUUUGAUAUUGUCAUGCAAUUGGAUAAGCAUUGA